CCGACCACCAGAAGAAGCAGAAACCGGAAGCUGCUAGCAGGGCUAGCUUGUUGUUCUGGUGUGUGAGGAGAAUAUUUGAGGCUCUGCAGUAAAAAUGUCUUCACUUCAGUCUCUGGGAGAGUCGAUCAGCUAAAGCGACUAACUGCUGCUGCUGCAGAAAUCUUCUCACCAGGCUGUGGAAACUUUCUUCUCCUCAACAACUUGGUGGAGUUCUUUCCAGAACCAGAGAAGAUAUUCUGCGGUCUUCGUGACAAUCGGAGCUCCAGAAUCAGGUUGUGGCUGUUAGCUAAACACGGCUAAAGAAAACCUGCUACCACUUCAGGAUCAUCCAUCAGCUGGGACUGAUACAUCGUGUGUUCUUCACCACCUGGACAGCAUGGACACAGAUGUUCCACAGCUGGUGCUGGUUAAAGAAGAAGAUCCUGAAGAACAGAGUGCUGGUGUGGACCAGCAGGACCCAGAACACCUCCACAUAAAGGAGGAACAGGAGGAGCUCUGGACCAGUCUGGAGGGAGAGCAUCUCUGUUUGAAGGAGGAAACUGAAGCUGUCGGGUCUCCUGUUACUGCUGUUUCUAUAAAGAGUGAGGAUGAUGAAGAGAAACCUCUGGUCUCACAGCUUCAUCAGCAGCAACUAGAAGACCAAGAUGUUCCAACCAGCAGCUCAACUGACCAGAUGACCGCAGAAACUGGUGGAGGAGCAGGAACUAGCAGGAACCCAGAUCUGAACCCUCAUGAACAAACUUCUGAUUCUUCAGAGACUGAAGUUAGUGGAGAUGAUGUUGAUGUGAAUCUGGACUCUGAGCUGUCAGACUCUGGGUCUGAAACUGGAGAUGAAGAUGAUGACUGGAAUGAGAGCAGGUCUUCUGAGUCAGAUGAUUCAAGGAAGAGAGAGGCGACGGAUGAGAAACCUCUGCUCUUACGUUUCCACAACCAUCCAAUGAAAGAUGGAGGUGUCCCAACCAGCAGCUUGGCUGGGCAGAUGACUGCAAAAGUUGGUGGAGGAGCAGAAACUAUCAAGAACCAAGAUCUGGACCCUAAUGAAAAGACAUCCGAUUCUUCAGAGAUUGAAGUUGGUGGAGAAGAUGAAGAUGAUUUGAAUCUAGACUCUGAGCGUUCAGACUCUGGGCCUGAAACUGGAAACGGAGACCAUGGCUGUAAUGAGAACAAGUCUUCGGAGUCAGAUAUUAAGACAGUUAACAAAUUGUUUAGCUGCCCUGUGUGUGGUAUAAGGUUCCUCCACAAGUGGUCUCUUCAGAAACAUGUGAGAGUGACAAGCCAUCCAGCGUGUUCAGUUAAUACAAAAUGUGUGAAAGAGAAACAACAUGGAGGCUCAUGCAGAAAAGUCCAGAAAGAACCAAAAUCAUUUAGCUGUGAUGACUGUGGCAAAAGAUUUAGCCUAAAGUCCAGUUUUACCCAUCAUAUGAAAGGCCACACCGGGCAGAAGCCUUUUGCCUGUGACCUCAGGGGCCAAAGAUUUAGCCAUAAAAAUAGGUGUAACUUACACAUGAAAGUCCACACAGAAGAGAAGCCUUUUGAGUGUGACCUCUGUGGACAAAUAUUUAGCCGUAAACAUAGUUUAAACAUACACAUGAAAGUCCACACAGGAGAGAAGCCUUUUGCCUGUGAGCUCUGUGGACAAAGAUUUAGCCGUAAAGAUCAUUUAAACGACCACAUGAGAGUUCACACAGGUGAUAAGCCUUUUACCUGUGAGCUCUGUGGACAAAGAUGUAGCCAUAAACAUAGUUUAAACACACACAUGAAAGUCCACACAGGAGAGAAACCUUUUGCCUGUGAGCUCUGUGGACAAAGAUUUAGCCAUAAACAUAAUUUAAACACACACAUGAAAGUCCACACAGGAGAUAAGCCUUUUGCCUGUGAGCUCUGUGAAUACAGAUGUACCCAAAAGGCAAGUUUAAACUAUCACAUGAGAGUCCACACAGGAGAGAAGCCUUUUGCCUGUGAGCUCUGUGAAUACAGAUGUACCCAAAAGGCAAGUUUAAACAGACACAUGAGCGUCCACACAGGAGAGAAGCCUUUUGCCUGUGAGCUCUGUGGACAAAGAUUUAGCCUAAAGACAAAUUUAAAGAGACAUACAAGCAGCCACACAAGACUCGAGGGAUUUAUUUAACAACUGUACU